AUGCCUUCCCCCAGAUUAUGCCCUAACUUUGGGGCCCAAUUGCGACGAGGCCUCGCUGCCGCCCCCGCGAGACCCCAAUGCCUCCUCCAACAUGUCCGCACCACCGCCGCACGCCCACCCGUGGCGCCCUCCGCGAUCCUAGGCCCAGCCCUUGCAUCGCGGCCGUUUAGCACCACCAGUCCGCGUCUCGACUGGCUGCUUCCCCGGUCUGGCCACAACAAGAAGGACCGCAAGGGCCGACCGCGCGUGCCCACCGGCGGCUCCAUGCGCGGCACCACCGUCGUCUGGGGAGACUACGGCCUGCGCCUCAAAGACCACGAUCGCCGCAUCUCCGCCAAGCAUCUCAAGAUUGCUGAGGAUACUAUUCGCAAGCGCUUGCGUGGUAUGAAGUUCCGCCUGUACAUGCGCAUCUCGGCGAACAUUGGCGUUUACACUUCCGGUAAUGAGUCGCGUAUGGGUAAGGGAAAGGGUAGCUUCGACCAUUGGGCCAGCAGAGUGGCGAUUAGCAAAAUUCUGUUUGAAUUGAAGGGCGAAAUCCACGAGCAGGUUGUGAGAGAUGCGUUCAGGUUGGCGGGAACCAAGCUUCCAGGUCAAUACGAGUUCGUCAAGAAGGGUGAUCCGCCCGUCAUGGGUAUCACCAAGGUUGGCAAUGGAGUCACUGCUGAGGAUCUGAAGAGACCACGCAAGAAGCUACCUCUUGAGGAGACUGCGGAGCGGAUAUCCGCUACUACCCCACCUUAG